UUACGGUUCCAUUUUCCCGCUAAAUUUAUCUAAAAUAUUUUCUCUCACGUUUUCUUAUUUACAUCCCACCAAAACUCUGCUAUCUCCUCGCCUAAUCCCUUCCACCAAAUAUUUUCUCUCGAUCCAAACACAAAUCCGUUCUUAGUUAUGCCUUCAAUUGCAGGGCGCAAUUCGUCUCCCUGCAAGGAGAUAACCGAGAUCGUCCCAUCUAACGAUGAAUCUGCCACGCCUCAGAAGCGGAAGUUGAGAUCUAAUGCAAUGGCAGUGCAGGACAGCCCAAUCUCUUCACCAGUGAAAUGGAAAUCGCCUCGCCGAUCUUUGCCUUCGGGCCCAAAUACUCCUAGAAACGAAAUUGAAAAUGCGUGUAAAUCUGUAACGAAGGAAUUGUCUAAUGACAUCACCAAUAAAUCAAGUUGGAAUCCUAGAGAUAUGGAGCAAAUAAGUGCAGUGAAAGAGGCAUUGCACGUGUCAACUGCACCAUCUACUGUCGUUUGCCGUGAAGAUGAACAGAAAAGGGUAUUUGAAUUCUGCAAAACAUGUAUAGAGCAGGAAAAGGCUGGGAGUUUAUAUGUUUGUGGAUGUCCUGGGACUGGGAAGUCAUUGUCAAUGGAGAAGGUGAAGCAACAAUUGAUUGAUUGGUCUAAAGAGACAGGUUCACAGUCUCCAGAUGUGUUGACUAUGAAUUGUACUUCUCUAACAAACACAUCCGAAAUUUUCAGCAAGAUAAUUGGCAAAAACCUCCCAAGAAAGAGAACCAAUGGAUCAACUUCACCUUUACAGCAUCUCCAGAUUUUGUACUCUCAACGGCAGCAGUCAUCGAGCUCAAAAAUGAUGCUAAUAAUUGCUGAUGAGUUGGAUUACUUGAUCACUAAAGACCGUGCUGUCCUUCAUGAUCUUUUCAUGCUUACAACUUUCCCAUUUUCUCGAUGUAUAUUGAUAGGUGUAGCAAAUGCCAUAGAUUUAGCUGAUCGUUUUCUUCCAAGACUUCAAUCAUUGAAUUGCAAACCUAUGGUUGUGACUUUUAGAGCCUAUUCUAAGGAGCAAAUCCUCAGAAUACUUCAGGAGAGAUUGAUGGCACUGCCUUGGACCACUUUUCACCCACCAGCAUUGGAGCUCUGCGCCAGAAAAGUUGCAGCUGCCUCUGGAGACAUGAGGAAAGCUCUGUGUGUUUGCAGGAGUGCAAUUGAGAUUCUAGAAGCAGAACUGAGAGAAUCCACAGGCAAUCUGAAUUCAUUUGCGGUGGACAAAGAGUUAUCCCAUCAACAAACAGCUCCAGCUGGCGAAUUCUUUGAAAAGCAAGAUUACAGUAUUGUGAGGAUUGAUCACAUGGCUGUUGCUUUGUCAAAAGCAUAUAGAUCACCUAUAGUAGACACUAUUCAAUCUCUUCCGCAGCAUCAACAAAUAAUACUAUGUGCUGCUGUGAAGUUUUUUCGAGGAGGAAAGAAGGACACUAUUGUUGGAGAGCUGAAUAAAUAUUACAUAGACGUUUGCAAGUCAACAAUGAUACCACCAGUUGGAAUUUCCGAAUUUUUAAGCAUGUGCAGAGUAUUAAAUGACCAGGGACUUCUCAAACUAGGUCAGUCUCGAGAUGAUAAAUUAAGAAGACUGAUGCUAAAAGUAGAUGCAGCAGACAUUAUUUUUGCAUUGCAGGGUGUCCGUUUCUUUCGGAAUUGUCUUCAGUCGUAGUCCAUUUAUUACAUGAACUAAUUAUACUUCAAAAUGGUCUAUAUAUAUAAAGGCCAUUUAUCAAGAAGUUGAUCAAAUCCCAGUUAAAGGUUGGCAUAUGUUUCCUGUUUUUGAAAGUCAUUACCAUAGAAAUACAUGAAUUCUAUACAGAUCUGUACAUUGUAACUUUAGUCACUGUUUUGUUAUUAACUGUAUUAUUUUGAAGUUAAUAAAAGAAAUUACAGUUAGUUUCU